UAUACUGCUCUGAAAAGCGGAAACUGUUGGUUGAGUUUGCAGCAGUAAAUUACUGUAAAGAACCUAAUUUUCAGCCUCUGAGGAGGAAAUGGCUACAGGGGGAUAUCAUGGAAAACCACUGAAUACGGAAGAGGACUUACAGUGCCCUGUCUGUUUGGAAAUUUUCGAAAAUCCCAUCUCUAUUCCUUGCGGACACACUUUUUGCAGUGAUUGCUUGAGUUCUGUUGAAAAUCUUUCUGGAUCAUCCACAUGUCCUGUUUGUCGGAAUAAUUUCAACUUUAAUGAGAAAAGAAGAGCAAGAGACAUUGACCGGCAGAUUCGUCACAGUACAGGAACCUGUUCUAGUUGUAACAGACAGUUUCCUAUGUCAAGAUUAAGAGAGCACAGAUCAUCCUGUGAGACAGUUUCUCCACUACCUUUUGUCCCUGUUGCUCGUACCUCACAACCUAGGCCAGAGCUUAAAAAUCGAUCAACAUUCAGUUGUCCCUUUUGCUCCCAAAGUAACUUGGACAGUAAAGCAAUGUUAAAGCAUGUGAACAAUUAUCACAAAAAUGAGAGGCAAUCUGUGGUUUGUCCAAUCUGUGCCAGCAUGCCGUGGGGAAAUCCCAAUCAGAAGAGUGGUGAUUUUAUUCAACAUCUUAAUUUGCGGCAUAAAUUUGAAUAUGAUACAUAUGUGGACUUUAACAAUGACGAAGAUGCAAUUCUACAGCAAGUUUUGGCUCAGUCAGUUCGAGACAGAUGAUAACUUUUAAUUAAUGAUUUUCUUCCUUAAGUUCUUACUUUCAAUGGUGCCCUUAUCCUUCAAUUGUUUUUUAAUUAAUAAGGUAUUAAGAUGGAGUUGAGAACCACCUAAAAAACAUUUCACCGUAUACUGUGAUCAUCCAGGUAUGAGUGGUUAGUAGUUCUGAGAAAGACAAGAAGAAACAGUCAACUCUGUUUGAAAACUUCUGCAAAGUUGACAAAAUAUCAGUAACUAUGAUCAACACAAUCUGUCUCAGAGCUAUUCUCACCAAGAUUAUCAGACUACAUGAUCAUCUUUCUUGUUACUAUAAUUGCAACCUAGGAAUAUUACAGAUUCCAUGUUGUUGUGCAUCUGUUCAGUGAUAGACCACAUAUGAUGUCAAAUGUGGUAACAAGAAAAAAUGGCACACAAGGCACAGCCAAGUGUCACUGAAUGAUGUUCCUACCAUAUUUUGAUGUUAUGUGUGAUCUUUUACUGAACAAAUCCACAGCAACAUGGAAUAUAUUUGUUUUGUAUGAUAAAAAGUCAAAAGUAAAUGUUGUCAGUAGUGAAUCAUCUAAUUAUGUGUCUGUCCUCUGGUGGAUCAAAUGUAGGAACCAAUCAAAAUACAUGUAUAAUUUAACCUAU